AUGUCCGCAGCCCCUACCAGCAAUGGGGUGUUCGUCGUCAUCCCGCCCGUCAUCCCGCCCAGCAACGCCGGCGGCCUCCGCGCCGCGCCAGCCAUCCUGCCCACCCCCAUGUGCCAGCCUUCCGGGAUUAUGCAGUUCGAGGAGCCACCGCUGGGGGCGCCGACGUCAAGGGUCACCCAGCCGCCAGACCUGCGGCCCAUGGAGACGUUCCUGACCGGAGAACCCAAAGCUUUAGGGACGGUCCAGAUCCUCAUCGGCCUCAUCCACCUGGGCUUCGGCAGCGUGCUGCUCACGGUCCGCCGCGGCCACGUGGGCAUGCUCUUCAUCGAAGGCGGAGUGCCCUUCUGGGGAGGCGCCUGCUUCAUCAUCUCUGGGUCCCUGUCGGUGGCAGCCGAGAGGAACCACUCCAGCUGCCUGGUGAGGAGCAGCCUGGGGACCAACAUUCUCAGCGCCAUGGCAGCCUUUGCUGGCACGGCCAUUCUGCUCAUGGAUUUCGGCGUCACUAACUGGGAUGUAGGCCGGGGCUAUCUGGCGGUGCUUACCAUCUUCACCAUCCUGGAGUUCUUCAUCGCAGUCAUCGCCACCCACUUUGGGUGCCAGGCCACCCGUGCCCAAGCCAACACGCCUGUGAUUUUCCUGCCAAGCGCCUUCAGCACAGACUUCGGCAUCCCCAGUCCAGCAGCCUCUCCUCCCCCUGCCUAUGACAAUGUGGCAUAUAUCCCCAAGGAGUCGUCCGAGUAG